AACAGAAGUUUCUCACCUAGGAAUGCGAGGGGCGCUCCCGCAUCUCCUGCACAUCUCCACCUCUGCGCAGGAGGAGAUCCCCAAGCUGCUCUCUCCACCUCUCCUACAGCUCCCUGCAAACGAGGGGGAAGCUGCUGAGAGUCCCUAUCACGGCUGGCCUUUUAAUGUUGUAUGCAAGGAGCAAGAGGGCGAGGGAUAACUUGGUGCUGUACAACUGACCUGCGGCCCGAAGGGCCUCUGGGGAGGGGCUGCAAAACAGGAGCGGCUGGGCUGGGGGACUCCAUGCGGGGGCCAUGGACAGGGCGGCGCUCCUGGGACUGGCCCGCCUGUGCGCGCUGUGGGCAGCCCUGCUCGUGCUGUUCCCCUACGGAGCCCAAGGAAACUGGAUGUGGUUGGGCAUUGCCUCCUUCGGGGUUCCAGAGAAGCUGGGCUGCGCCAAUUUGCCGCUGAACAGCCGCCAGAAGGAGCUGUGCAAGAGAAAACCGUACCUGCUGCCGAGCAUCCGAGAGGGCGCCCGGCUGGGCAUUCAGGAGUGCAGGAGCCAGUUCAGACACGAGAGAUGGAACUGCAUGAUCACCGCCGCCGCCACCACGGCCCCGAUGGGCGCCAGCCCCCUCUUUGGCUACGAGCUGAGCAGCGGCACCAAAGAGACAGCAUUUAUUUACGCUGUGAUGGCUGCAGGCCUGGUGCAUUCUGUGACCAGGUCAUGCAGUGCAGGCAACAUGACAGAGUGUUCCUGUGACACCACCUUGCAGAACGGCGGCUCAGCAAGUGAAGGCUGGCACUGGGGGGGCUGUUCCGAUGAUGUCCAGUAUGGCAUGUGGUUCAGCAGAAAGUUCCUAGAUUUCCCCAUCGGAAACACAACGGGCAAAGAAAACAAAGUACUAUUAGCGAUGAACCUACAUAACAAUGAAGCUGGAAGGCAGGCUGUCGCCAAGUUGAUGUCAGUAGACUGCCGCUGCCACGGAGUUUCUGGCUCCUGUGCUGUGAAAACAUGCUGGAAAACCAUGUCUUCUUUUGAAAAGAUUGGUCAUUUGUUGAAGGAUAAAUACGAAAACAGUAUCCAGAUAUCAGAAAAAAUAAAGAGGAAAAUGCGCAGGAGAGAAAAAGAUCAGAGGAAAAUACCAAUCCACAAGGAUGAUCUGCUUUAUGUUAAUAAGUCUCCCAACUACUGUGUAGAAGAUAAGAAACUGGGAAUCCCAGGGACACAAGGCAGAGAAUGCAACCGUACAUCAGAGGGUGCAGAUGGCUGCAACCUCCUCUGCUGUGGCCGAGGUUACAACACCCACGUGGUCAGGCACGUGGAGAGGUGUGAGUGUAAGUUCAUCUGGUGCUGCUAUGUCCGUUGCAGGAGGUGUGAAAGCAUGACUGAUGUCCAUACUUGCAAGUAACCACUCCAUCCAGCCUUGGGCAAGAUGCCUCAGCAAUAUACAAUGGCAUUGCAACCAGAGAGGUGCCCCUCCCUGUGCAGCGCUUGUAAAGUUGACUCUUGCAGUGGAAUCCCUAGAACCUUGGACCUCUCUGAGAGUUUCCCUUACCUGAUCGACAUAUUUUCCUUUAUCUGAUCAACCCAUCAAUCAUGUGGAUUUCUUAGGAUUCUAAUGUUGAAAAGGUUUAUAUUCACCCUUUGCUGAUUUGGGGAAUAUAUAUUGACAUACAAGGAAGAUAAUCUGUUUCCUAAGCAAGAAAUAACAGGAAAGAUCCCUUAUGCCAGGAGGCCUGCCAUACUCAGGAUAAGAUCCUUGAAUAUGGGACUUAGUUACAGGACUCAAUAAUGGUGGGUGAACAUUAGUCAUUUUUAAAAGACGCCUCUUAUAGCAAUAAGGAGACGUUAACAUGAAUCUCAUUUAUUCUCUCAGUAUUUUAAUUGAAGAAAUCAUACUGUUUGUGCGUAGAUAGAAGAUGUUGAAAAGUUAACAUAAGCAUUGGGUGCUGACUUACUCUUUCAUGCACUUCCAAAGAAAGGUAAUCAAAAAGAAUCUUCUUAAGUGACACAAUAUCCCUAAAAAAAUGAUCAUUACAGAUGUUUAGUGACAAAGAAUCAAUAUGUAAAAAGUAUAAUGAAUGAUUUAGAUUUUAAGUGCCUUUUCACUGGGAGAAUCUGGAAAAACCUCCAUAAGGUAUAUAGCAAUCUUUGAUCUUUAGAUUCAUACUUUUAUCACAGACCAGUUUCAACUGUUAAAAACCCACCUCUGAGAUACUAGGGGGGAGGAUCCUGAAACAUGCGGGAAAAGUAGAGGUAAAAAGUGGAGGUAAAAAUAUAAUUUCAUACAUUGUAAAGAAAAGCACCCUUUAAAUGUGUAAAGACAGUGUUUUGUAAAGAAUUUUGUUUAAAAAGUUUCUAUUUUGUAAAUACAGUACUUAAGUUAUAUCAUCUAUAUUAAAACAUUUAUUGACAAAGCCCAAGAGCUAAGGCAGUAAAAUUAUCUCAUAAAUAAGAUUAGCUUCUUUUUUUUUCAUACUAUUAACACUAUUUUUUUGACAUUGAAGAGAAUUUAACUUAGCAGUUAGUUAUGUGGAUGUGUAUUUCUUGCUAAAAUGACAGUUUUAUAUGUUAUAGAUUAAAAUAUGUUGCAAAAUAUCAAAAAUUGUGCUAUUUCAGCAGUAAGAUUAACUGAAUUAUCUUUUCACAUUAGUUAUGCUUAAAUCAUAAGGUUAUUAUAAUAAAUUACAUUAGUAAAAGUCUUAACUGGAAAAAAGAAUCUAAAUCAGAAUAGUGAUCAAUUUGUGGAUUUGAUAUCCUGGAUAUUUAUUAUAUUUUAUGUAAUGCUGCAUUUCUAUUUGAAUGUUAAGUGGUAUUUCUUGUUUUAAUAUUCAUGCAUGUAUAUUCAUCAUAUUUUACAAGGUUCCUGGUAAAAAUUACAGAGCUCUAUUUAAGGAUGUAUUUUAAUGUAAAUGCUUAUGUUUUUUAUGAAUUGUUAAAUAUUUCAGUAUUAUACAGAAAAAAUAGAUUUUUUAAAUUCAGAAUGGACAAAGAGAAAUAUUCAUUUUCUUAUUAAUAAGAUAAAGAAAUGUUUCCCUGCCCCACAGUCUUCGUUCUAUUUCUCUUUAAUUUUAUUCACUUAGGCAGAGAAACAAUUUUUGAAAACGAGCAAACCCAUGGAAAAUGUCUCAGGUCUAAUAUUAAAAUCAAGACUAAGCAUUUAACUGUGA